AUUAAAACUUUCUCCACUUAUAUUUCUAUUGAGUACUCAUAAAAAUAAAAUAAUUAUUAUUUGUAUUGUAAAGUAUUGUAAGUUCAAUCCCAGAGAAGAGCAAUGGCGCCUACGGAGGAACCUCAUACAGUACAAGAAGAAAUAAUACAAAAGGCAAUGUUGGCCAUGGGUUGGGACCCCAAUUCGGAGAUACCCAUGGCCAGUAAAGAAAAUUUGUGUAUACUAGCCGAAAUGGAGCAGAUGGUUGAAGAGAAGAUACAGUUGUUGGAAUCCAAUAUACAAUCCGAAGAUCGUUUGGAGAAAUUGCUGCAGCAUUCAAAAAAUGCUGAAAUGUGCAUGAAUCAGAAUAUGAAACUCCUGCAAGCCCAUCAAACUGAAGUUCAUACUGAGGUACACCUCUUCAAAGUAGCUGAACGAGUGCAAUCGAAACUGAAAACCGACAUUAAACGUAUAAAUAAGGAGACUGAAAGCUACACUGAGUAUCUGAGUACUACAGAGAAGGAGCUGUGUAGACGCAAAAAUGCAAUCGACGAUUUGACUUCACGCGUCAAGUGGGCCAAAACGGUGCUAUUGGAGUGGCGCGAAGCCAUGGAGGACACCAACAAGGGAUACAAAUUGAUUGAUAAGUACUUUAAAGAAGAUGAAGUGCUGGCUCGGCAGAAGGACGCACGUCGCCAGUUUCUGCAUAACGAGGUGGAGAAGCUGCGCAAGGAUUUGAUGAAAUUAUAUGAUGAACAAAAAUCACUCGAACAGAGUAUUGAAUCUACGGCUACACUAUAUCGCGCAGCACAUUUAGAACGUCGCCAAAUGAUAGAUACCUGGAAGCUGGCUGUGAAACAAAUGUUGCAGCGAGAACGCGAGAUAGAGAGCAAUGAGGAUGAGCUGUACUAUUUGGAGCGCGAGGCAGAACGAAUGUUAAAAGAGAGUAAACGUUGUGAUGAAAAAUUGGAUAAUAUUAUCCAUAAUAAUCAUGAAGUGGAGCGUACCAUAUCUGUAUUGAACGAGGAAACCUCGGAGGUUAAAGAACAAAUUCAAAAAUUCAUAGAUAUGACUAUUUUAAAAGGAGCUGAGGUGGAACUACUGCAGAGAGAUCUACAAAAUCUUUCAAAUAAAGUUCAACAGCAACGUAUGGAAAACCGUAAAAUGUCUAAAGAAAAAGAUAAGCGUAAUAAAGUGUUGGAGGAUUUCAAAUCAUUACUUCUGAAGCUGGAAAGUCGUUUGAACCAUACGGCGAAUAAGCAUAUGAGUGCUGAACAGCGGCUGCAAAUGUUAGAAGAGAUGAAUGAUACAGAACAGAAGGCGCAGAGUGAAAUAAAUAAGGACAAAAUCCGUUUUAAUAGCUUGGUCUAUCGGAGUCAGCAACAAUUGCAAGAUUUAAAGGAUGAAAGUAAAAGUUUGGAAAUUUCUAACAACGGUUUGUCAGCAAGCACCGCUAGCGUAAUCCGAAACACGAAAAAAAUGGAAAAGGAGCUCAACCGCUUAACUGAAGUGUACUACGAAGCCUCGUUUAAAUGUCUGCAAAUGGAAAGGAAAAUUAUUGUAUUGCAAGGUGGGGAGUUUGAUCCGAUGGAAGAGGAGGAGACAGAGCAAUAUUUGGCUAAGUUGGAGACUCAAAAUAAUUUACUACAGAGACGAUUGCAAGCCACGGAAUCACAGAACAAAAAACUGGAUCACAACAUGCGUAGCUUAACCGAUGUUUACAAUGCCGAUUACAAGAAUUUGCAAACCAUGCUUUUCGAUAUCAAAGAAGCGCAAAUGUACUGCGAGGGUGGUGUUAAACGUCUCAACAUCGAGAAGAAUAAGAAUCAACAGAAGAUAGUCGAGUUGAGUCUUUUGAAGAUGCGCAUAAAAGAGUUCGAUAAUGAAAUAGUUGCAUGCCAAACGAAUACCUAUCACUUGGGUAAACACCGAUUGCAAUUAAAUCGGACAAUGAAGGAUCGUUUGGUGGAGAUAAAAAGUCAAAUGGAUUUAUUAAAUCUGAAGCGUAAACAUUUGAAUGAUGAGAGAAGCACUUUGUUGGCUGAUAUCGGAGAACGUGCGAAACACAUUGAUGUGAUACGGGCACGCUUCGAAUUGACCUCCAAGCUAAUGGGUAUCAAUGAGGACGGCACCUUGGUUACGGCUACACAAUUGAAGGUGGAAGCAGCGCAAGAGAAGCAAAUGCUAUUGGAUGAGGGUAAUAAUUUGAACGAAAAGGUAAUCAAAGCGGAAGAGGAUAUUAAAGCAAUGGAAAAUACUUUGAUGUUGCUCAAUAAUUCGAAUGAUUCCUAUCGAAGAAAUUUGAAUAAGAAAGUAGAUGAAGACCAAGUUUUGGAAGAAAUGAAAGAAUUGCAAUCCAACUAUUGCCAAGCUUUGAAUCAACUUAAGGCCCUGCGUAGCAAGCAUCGACAAAUAGAAAAAGAUAAUGACAAAAAUCUUAGAGUAUGCGAAGACCUGCAACGCCAAUUGGAAAUUUCCACGGGCAAAAAUGUCGAGAAUGUCGAAAUAUUGGAGAAACUGCAAAAGGAACUUGACGAUCAGAGGAUAAAAUUACAGCGCGCCGAGCGUGAAGUAAAAAACUCUUUAAAGAGGGUAAAAGAACGUAAUUUGGGUAAAGAGUUUAUCGCAUGCUAUGAACGUGAAUUAGAUUUGCGUGAACUCGAAUACCGCAACUCCAGCGCACUUAAUCAACUGGCCGAUAUGGCAGAGAACGAUGAUGGCAUCGGUCCCAAAGCCAUACGCAUAAUGUUAGAGAAAGGUUUGAAAAUGCCACAUCUGCUUCAGAAGACGCGUAGCUUUGCCUCCUGGCGUAGCGAUUUGUCCGAAACUUCUUCUUCCAGAGAUAUGCCCAUCUCCACCACUCGUUCAUCUACAUCGGAAAGCACCAGCCUCGCGAUACAACCUUCAGUUGUAUCGAUUGAUUUCUCCCAACCUUAAUAUUGCUUUCAA